AUGGGGAGAAGACCUGCUAGGUGCUACCGUCAGAUCAAGAACAAACCUUACCCAAAAUCACGGUAUUGCCGUGGUGUUCCUGAUCCAAAGAUCAGGAUUUAUGAUGUGGGCAUGAAGAAGAAGGGGGUGGAUGAGUUCCCCUACUGUGUGCACUUGGUCAGUUGGGAGAAGGAAAAUGUCUCGAGUGAGGCUUUGGAAGCUGCCCGUAUCGCUUGCAACAAGUACAUGACCAAGUUUUCCGGAAAGGACACGUUUCACUUGAGGGUGCGCGUUCACCCUUUUCACGUUUUGCGUAUCAACAAGAUGCUCUCGUGUGCUGGGGCUGAUAGGCUCCAGACUGGCAUGAGGGGUGCUUUUGGCAAGCCACAGGGGACUUGUGCUCGUGUGGCCAUUGGUCAGGUACUCUUGUCUGUUCGCUGCAAGGAUGGGAAUAGCCACCAUGCUCAGGAGGCCUUGCGCCGUGCAAAAUUCAAGUUCCCUGGUCGCCAGAAGAUCAUCGUUAGCAGGAAAUGGGGUUUCACCAAAUACAACCGCACUGAUUAUCUGAAAUGGAAAUCUGAAAAUAGGAUUGUUCCUGAUGGUGUGAAUGCCAAGCUUCUUGGAUGUCACGGGCCUUUGGCCAAUAGGAAACCCGGAAGAGCAUUCAUUUCAGGGCCUGUGCAAGGAUGA